GCGGAGGACUGCGUGACGCGGGCGACUGUUUGUUGGAAAAGGCUUACAAAAUAACAGCAUUGGCAUCUUCUCAUGAAACGAAUGCCAUCUGAACGGCGGCGGCGGCGGCGGCGGCACUCUGGGUCCGAAUGGUGAGUCUGAUUGAGCUGGAUGGACGGGGUCAUGCAAUGCAACUGUGGUGCAUUAUCAGGGCGCGGUAGUUAACGACGCCUGUGUCUAGCAGCUUGGUCGGACGAUUGCCUUGCUUGCCGCUCAGAUGGAGGAAUUCUCCUGGAGUAACGUGGUCUCCUCACCAGCGCCGCCGCCACCCACUGACGAGCCCCCCUCCCGUCCCUGGACCCUCCUCCGAUGAGAAGAGUUCCUGCAUGGACCUUCACAGAAGGGGAACACAUGUUGAGGCUGGGAUGAUUUUUUUGGCUGCGGGGCUCCUCUGUGUAUUUUCAUCUCUCCCAUCAAAGUACUGUGGUGUGAGCCUUCUUCUUUGUGAAGUGUAGAUGCGGAAAGCCGGCGAUUGAAGCCGUGGUGUCAAAAAUGGACACCCGUCUCGCAGUGUGGUUUCAUCUCCUGGCCCUCCUCCAGCCUCAGGCCGGGGCCUCCAUGGACUCCUGCUACGACGAGGAGACGGGCACCCCAAGCCGCUGCUUGCCAAAGUUUGAAAAUGUGGCCUUCAAUCGGAGCGUGGAGGCGUCCAACCAAUGCGGAUCCCCACCCGAGGACUACUGCACGCAGAUGGGCUCGGCAGCGCGCUCGUGCCACCGCUGCGAUGCCUCAGACCCCGACUUUAGCCACAGCGCCGCCCUGCUGACAGACUUCCACAGGGGCGACGAGCCUACGCACUGGCAGAGUCAGUCCAUGUACUUCGGAAUCCAGCACCCGAAUUCUGUCAACCUUACCCUCCAUUUGGGGAAGGCCUAUGAGAUAACCUACAUCCGACUGAAAUUCUACACCAGCCGACCGGAGAGCUUUGCCAUUUACAGGCGCUCUCAAGCCGACGGACCGUGGCUACCGUAUCAGUUCUACAGCGCCUCCUGCAGGGAGACAUAUGGCAAAUCGGUUAAUGGUUUCCUGCACCUGGGGGAUGACGAGAGGACGGCUCUGUGCACGGACGAGUUCAGCGACAUCGCCCCACUCACCGGCGGAAACGUUGCCUUCUCUACCUUGGAGGGGCGACCCAGCGCCUACAACUUCGACCAAAGCCUCGUCUUGCAGGAAUGGGUGACAGCAACCGACCUGCUGGUCUCGUUGGACAGGCUCAACACCUUUGGCGACGAGGUCUUCAAAGAUGCCAAAGUGUUGCGCUCCUACUUCUACGCCAUCUCCGAUUUUUCCGUGGGUGGCAGAUGCAAGUGCAACGGCCAUGCCAGCGAAUGCGUUCGGGCAGAUAGUGGUAAGGAUGGCGAAGGCUUGGUCUGCGCAUGCCAGCAUCACACGGAGGGAGACGACUGCCAGAGAUGUCAGCCCUUCUACCGGGAUAGACCUUGGGCGCGAGCCACCGGGGAAUCGGCAAAUGAAUGUUUGCGUUGCAACUGCAGCGGCCGAUCGGACCGGUGCGAGUUCGAUGUGGAGCAGUACCGCAGCACAGGCAGCGGGGGGCGCUGUCUGGAUUGCCGGGACAAUACGGACGGCGCACACUGCGAGAGGUGCCGGGCCAACCACUACAGGGGGUCGCCUGACCUUCCCUGUCUCCCCUGCAACUGUAACCCCAAUGGUUCGGCUAGCCUGCAGUGCGACAGCGAGGGACGCUGUACGUGCGGCGGCCGAGGUGUGACGGGAGACAAGUGUGACAAGUGUCGCUCGGGAUUCCACUCGCUGGCCCCAGGUGGCUGCAGGCCGUGCGAUUGCGCCCCCGGUGGUAGCGUGGGCGCCUGCUCACCGCUGGACGGCAGCUGUCACUGCAAGGACAACGCCGAGGGAGGGAGCUGCGACAGGUGCAAGCCAGGCUUCUUCAACCUGCAAGAAAACAACCCGGCCGGCUGCCAACCGUGUUUCUGCUUCGGCCACUCGCUGGCCUGCUCCUCGUCCAAUCACUAUGUGGCCGUCAACAUCACUUCGGAUUUCAUGGAAGAUCAGGACGGCUGGCUGGGCGAGUUCUCGGGGGGUCGGCUCGAGCCCUUGCUGUGGAAGGAAGGCGAAGUCUACUUACUGCCUCUCUCCGAGGUGGACCCCGGAUACUACAGAGCCCCGGACAAAUUCCUGGGAGAUCAAGGCCACACCCACAACCAGCCGCUCUUCAUCACCUUCACCUCCGAGACUCCAGAACUGCUUCCAGAUCACGUGACCGUGCUCCUGGACGGCGCCGGGCUCACACUCGCCGCUGAACUCGCGCCCGGCCCAGUGCAUCACCAGGAAGUCACACCGACAAAAACCUUUGUCGUCAGGCUCGUCGAAAGCCAGAUGACGCCCAAAGUAUCCGCCCUGGAGUUUGGACGUCUCCUGCGCAAUGUGACAGCGCUACGCGUCAGCAAUGCAGGAGGACUGAACUAUACCUCCCAGCUCUCCGGGGUGAGUUUGUCCUCAGCGUCCCCCACUGCUGACCCAACAGCACCCCCUGCCCCCUGGGUGGAAAGCUGCACCUGUCCCACUGGCUUUCUGGGUCAAUUCUGCGAGCGAUGCGCACCCGGGUUCACCAGGGAGGUCCCAGGUGGCGGACCCUUUUCCACGUGUAUCCCGUGCGACUGCCACCAGCAUGGGAUUUGCCACCCGGAAUCCGGUGAAUGCAAGUGCUCGGACUUCACUGACGGACUCAGCUGCGAGCGCUGCCUAGAAGGUUACUACGGCAAUCCUUUGAUUGGCACGCCAGGCGAUUGCCAACCUUGCCCUUGCCCCGGCGGAAGUAGCUGCGUUCACGUAGCGGAGACCGAUACGGUGGUCUGCACCAACUGCCCUGCCGGUCAAACGGGAACUCGCUGCCAGAUGUGCGACGACGGUUACUACGGCGACCCAUUGGGGCAUUCGGGCAGGACGCGAGAGUGCAGCAGAUGCGACUGCAGUGGCAACGUGGACCUCAAUGCGGUGGGCGUGUGCGACCGCCUGACCGGACGUUGCCUGAAGUGCACGGGGAACACCGAGGGCGACCGAUGCCAGAACUGCCGCCGAGGUUACUACGGCGACGCUCGCAGCAACAGGCCUGGACUUAAGUGCAAGCCGUGUAACUGCGAUCCUGCGGGAACCUCGGACCACGCCACAGAGUGUCACCCUGAGACGGGAACCUGCGAGUGCUUGAACUACGUGACCGGGCGCGACUGCAGCCGCUGCGAGGAAGGCUUUUUUAAUCUCCGUCACGGCAAGGGUUGCGAGAGGUGCGAGUGUCAUCCCAUCGGUUCAUCAUCCGCCGCCUGCCACCCGAUCACAGGACAGUGCUCAUGUCGAGGGGGUGUGGAGGGGCGUUUGUGUGACGUUUGUCGAGCGGGAUUCUUUGGAUUCUCUUCACGAGGAUGCAGAGCCUGCGAUUGCGACCCCAUGGGUGCCGUCUCCAUGCAGUGUCACGCUAAUGGCACGUGUACGUGUCGGCCUGGCUUCACCGGCUCCAAGUGUAACAAAUGCCAGCCUAACUAUUUCCACAACAGAGGCACACACCAGUGCCAGGAGUGUCCAGCCUGCUACGGAUUGGUGCAGCAAGAGGCGGAGAAGCUGAGGACACGCCUGCGGGACACAGAGGAGCUCCUGGCUCGCUUCGAUUGCCACGGCCGAUUGGGGACGCGCCGUACUACGCCAGGAAAUCCAGAAGACGGAAUCCACCAGAACCAACGGGACAGAGAAGUGCUUCCCAAUGCGCUGGAGGAAUUUCUAGCCUUCCAAGAGACUCGGGAGGCCUUCAUACAACAAUUCUCCUCACUGGAGGUGUCCACGGGCGCACUGGAGCUCCAGCUGCGCCGUUUGGUAACCACCUUUAACUGCAGCGUUAGCACCAAAGAAGAAGAAAAGAAGUUUGGAAGCAUGUGUCAGAUUUUAUCUGAGAUGGCGCUGGUUGUCGGCGAGUCUCAAGCGGAAUUGGAGCAGGCCACAAAAGAUCUGGAUACUUUGAUAAUACCUUUUGAGGUCGAGUCAGGACCAAACCAGUGGAAGACGAUGGUUAACGAAUCUCAAGUUCUUAACAAAAGCCACGGAGAUGCCGCAGAUUACAUCGAGGCCGUGGCCGAAAGGGCGCUCGCCGCUUCAAAGCGCAACUUUGCCUCGCUGAUGGAGCUCCUACAGGACAACUCCACUGACGAGUAUGUUGUGGACCUGACGCAACGGAUGACGCUGAUGCGGCAGAAGAGGCAAAACCUGACCACUUUGGUGAACGAAAGUGUUGCCGAUGACGAGGCCCCAAAAAAUAACGGUGACAGGCUGCGCGUCGUUCUCGCCGAUGUCACGUCGCAGCUCAAUCGCAGGGCUGGCGGCGACGAGCUCACCAUGCGUGGCAACUCCUUGUUAAAAAAGAGCAAAGAACUGGAUGAAAGCAUUAGAUCCAAAGACGACCUCAUCGGCAAGAUCACCGGCGACACUCGGUCCCUGGUAGAGGUCAUCGGCAACAAGCAAGAAGUUCUGAACGGCGUUACGGAGCUGCAAGCCCGUGCUCGAUGGACUAAACUGGUCUCCUUGGCUUCGGUGGUGGCGGGAAAAGCCGCAGAGUCGGAAGAAAUCAGCUUGGACCGUGACUUACAAAACAUGGCGCGCGAGUGGCCUCGUCUGCAGGCCCAGACGAGGGCCGCCUUAAAGAAGAAGAAGCCCCUGGAAGACAAAGUUCUGGCCGGCGUCACCAACCUGGCGUCGGAGAUCCGAGAAAUGUUGCGGCCCGCGCGGGAAAAUUCCCGUCUGGCCAAGAAUGCCUCGCGAGAAGCGGAACAGACCGCUGGCACAGUGGCUGAGGAGUCGAAAUUGGUGCUGACGCAGGCCAAGCACACGAAGACGGCUUGCGCUCACCUUAGCUCGCACGUAGACUCCGCCUUGCAAAGUCUGGCUGCACAGACGGCGAUGGCCCAGAACGCAAAAUCUCACACCGUCGCCGCGGAGCCGGGCCCGCCACUGGCCGAAGUAAAGAAGGACGUGGAGGCGGCCAAGCAGCAGUUGGAGGCCUACUCGCUCACCUUAACUGAGCUCAUCAGCAAAAUUGACGCCAACGUACCUCUGGAGCGUUUCCACAACGUCCUGAACGAGACGGCGCGUCGUCUGACUAUGCUGCGUGGCAGCGUGGAGAGCCCCCUGCUGGGCGCCAAGAUCGGAAGCCUGCGCUCGGCGGCUGAGGGCCAGCGGGGCCGCCUGGCCCUCCUGGAGCGUGACGUUCAGGAAAUAUCGCAGGAGAGGGAUAGUCUCAGGGACAUUGCCCAACACUUGCCGCCCUCCUGCUUGGAAGCAGGCGGGAAGGAGCGCAGCUAACUGCUUGAAUUGGAAGAGAAAAAGAAACAAGCGCUUAACUCGUUGGCUUUAUCGAUAGAAGUCCAAUCCAUUUCAACUGGGAGGGUCUGUGGAAAAGCAAUGACCGUGAUGGAUUAGUGUGACUGUGCAACUGCGAAGAACCUCUCAGAGGUCCAGCUGAUUUGAUAAAAUCAUUUGCACUCCGCCCAACUGAAAAAGAUUGGAAGUCUGUCGCUGUCAUUAGCACUGAAACGUUCAUUUCUAAACUUCAAUGGGACUAACACACUUGGUUAAUGCCUAGGCCACACCCCUUAAAAGCAUGCAUUCAACACAUGGAUACAACCGUGUGUACAGUAAUUACACAAGUCUUUGCAUUUCUUUAUAUUUUAUGUUUUUGUACAAUACAGUCCCCUUUUCUUUAUUAAAAAACUUUUUAAAAAAUGUUUUUUUUUUUUAUUUCUUUGUCAGG